AUGGGGAACGAAUCGCAUCCGUUCGAUUCGAUACGGUACAUUCCUCUCAUGUACACCAAUACCGAUUCCCACAACUCGGCUCUGAAUCUCGUGCUCACUCUGCGGCCAGAGUGGAGAGACUCGCAGGGCACUAUCAAGUUUGUCAGAUUCACGGAUGGCAUCACGAACACGCUUCUAAAAGCAAUCAAUAAGCUCCCGGGUCUCUCGGAGACUGAGAUAGACAACGAAGCUGUUCUACUUCGUGCCUACGGAAAGGGAACCGAUGUCCUAAUUGACCGCGAGAAGGAAUCCCUCUCCCACUCCCUCCUCGCCCGUCACGGCCUCGCGCCAUCUCUCCUGGCACGGUUCGACAACGGUCUCCUCUACAAAUUUAUUCAAGGCAGCGUGUGUUCGCCAGCCGACCUGCGUCGGCCAGAAGUGUGGCGCGGUGUGGCACAGAGACUCGGAGAAUGGCAUGCAACGUUACCUAUAUCGAGUAUCAGCAGCAUAUGUCCUGCUCCAGCGCAAAUAACGCCCAAUAAUAAACGUGCUUCAUUGCAGGCUAUGGCACAAUUGACGCCGGGCAAGCCGAUCCCGAAUGUGUGGACCGUUAUGCAAAAGUGGGUGCUUGCUCUGCCUACCAGCACGACGGCGGAGAAGAGCCGUCGCGACCAACUGCAGCGGGAGCUGGAAUGGCUUGUGAAGCUGCUCGGUGAUAUGCCAGGUGUCGGCUCCUCGAACCCGCUCGUCUUUGCCCAUUGCGACCUCCUCAGCGGCAACGUCAUCAUCCAGCCGAUCCCCUCUUCUGCCUCUGUAUCGCGGCGCUCGAGCCAGUCGGGCAAUUCUGACGACCUUGAGGCCCCUGCAACAGUGUCCUUCAUUGACUACGAGUAUGCCACACCCGCGCCCGCCUCCUUCGACAUCGCAAACCACUUCGCAGAGUGGGGCGGUUUCGAUUGCGACUUCACCGUCCUGCCCACGCGCUCCGUGCGCCGUGCCUUCUUGAAAGAGUAUCUUCGAAGCUUCAACCUGAACCAGAACCGCACGUUCGAGGACGCAGAGCUCAACGAGCUAUACGAGCAAGUCAACAAGUUCCGCGGCGUGCCGGGAUUCUAUUGGGGCAUCUGGGCCCUGAUCCAGGCUCAGAUCUCACUGAUUGACUUCGACUAUGCAAGCUACGCUGAAAUUCGUCUUGGCGAGUACUGGGCUUGGAAGCGGGAGUUUAGCGGGGAGAGGGAGAAGGCGGGAGAGAAUAGACCGGUAAGGGAGGAGAGGUGGGCGCAAGAAGAGUAG